AUGGGUGUGGAUUCAUUGGAGGGAAAAUGGGCAGGUUUUCCCGAGAAAAUGCAAGAAACGGUUUUGAUUGCUUUGCAAGAUUUGAGAAACUCGUUGAAGGAUAAAGGUGUGAACUUGAUGAUUCGGUUGGGGAAUGCCUAAAAUGUGAUUCAAGAGCUUGUAAAAGAGGUUUUUGUUAGUACGGUAUAUGCCGAGGAGGAGGUGGAGUAUGGCUUAAGGAAUAUGACUGAUAGUGUCAGGGACACCUUGGCGGCAAUGCGGUCUUCCCCCAAGUUUGUGCUGUGGCAGUCUCCGUUUUAUGAUGUGAAGAGCUUGAAGGGUAUUCCAGAUUCAUACGAUGAAUUUACCAAACUUAGAUUGCCUGUAACUUUGCCACUGUCUUCCGCAACAUUAACUGGUCGAAACAUGGAAGUGGAUUGGGGUCCCAUCCCCACAUUUAAUGAUUUGAAACAUUUUAUCAAAGAAAAUCCAUGCAAAAUGGAAGAUUGGAAUUCAAUGAAAGAGAUGUGCGCUGAAAUGAUUUUGAUGAAGGAAAUUUUGAAGCCUGGGCAAAGAAAUCUAAACAAUUCGAGUUCUAGACAUGUCCAGGUCCCAUCAAAGAAGCGCGAGAAUUCUAUGUUUGUCACUACAAAGGGAAAUUCUCUGGGAGGGGGGACCAGUAACGCAUUGAAAGCUUUGGGUGCAUACUUGAGAUAUUUGGAGGGAACAGAACGUGAUCACUACUGGUGGGAAAAACAUGAACGGAUGCCCUGUGCUGAAAGUCGGGAUGGAGCUUCAUUUACUACACUCUUUGGUCCUGCCCUUUUUCUUGGUAUCCUAUCCAGAAGAAGAGUAUAUUUUGAAGCUCUCAAGUAUAAGAAAGAACGAGAUUCUGGAUUUCUGUCUCCUUUUGGAUAUUCAUCCGCUAUUGCCGCAACUGUUGAUUCGGUGUGCUCAAUGGAGUGGUAUUUGCUUGUCUCUCUAAAAAGUCAGUUAAGUGAUGACAGAAGAUUUCGUAUUCGUAUCUGGAGAUGGAAAGGCUAUCUAAUUCAGUAUACAGUUGUGGGUGAAGAAGGUCCUGCUACUCUUCUGGUUCAUGGUUUUGGAGCCUUCUUGGAGCAUUACCGUGACAACAUACGCGCCAUUGCUGAAGGUGGAAACCGAGUAUGGGCCAUCACACUAUUAGGAUUUGGCAAAUCGGAAAAGCCAAACAUUGAAUACACUGAACUCAUGUGGGCUGAAAUGCUUAGAGAUUUCAUUAUUGAAGUUGUGGGUGAACCAGCACAUCUGGUUGGGAACUCAAUUGGUGGUUAUAUUAUUGCAAUUGUCGCUCGUCUCUGGCCUGCUUUGGUCAAAUCUGUGGUUCUUAUCAACAGUGGUGGGAAUGUUAUUCCAGGAUAUUCCUCUGUGUUGUUCGCCAAAGAGAGAAGAACUUCGGGUGCCUCAUGGCUAGGUGCUAAAUUCCUUUUGUUCUGCUUAAGGUUGACACUCAAGGACAUAGUGAAGAAUUGCUACCCAUCUAAAACAGAGCGAGUCGACAAUUGGCUUAUUGAUGAAAUGCUAAGAGCAGUAUCUGUUGUGCGGAAGCGUCAAAUAUGAAACCAAUAAGCAACAAUGGCAAAAUAUGAUAAGACAAAUAAUCCAAAUGACACAAGGAUUUAUACUGGUUCGGCGUAAGCCUACGUCCAGUUC